CUAAUUAAGCAUUGCAACAAUGGCUACUCACAAGUUUGAGAUAGACAUUGAGUUGAAAACCUCUCCAGAAAAGCUAUGGAAAAACCUAAAAGAAUUCAUCACACUCUUUCCCAAAGCCAUGCCCGAUGCAAUCGAAAGGAUCGAUGUGAUCGAGGGCGAUGGAAGAUCGGUCGGAACAGUGUAUUUGUCUACUCCGAAGGCCACAGAGAUGGUCCCCGUGGUUUCGACCAUCAAGGAGAGGAUUGAUAUUGUUGACGACGAGAAGAAGAUACUGGGUUAUAGUAUUUUGGAAGGUGAUAUCUUGGAAUAUUACAAGAAUUUCAAGGUGGUAGUAUAUGUUGGCAGCAGCCCUAAAAGUGAUGGUGCUUUGGUUAAAUAUACAGGUGAGUUUAACAAGGCAAAUGAAAAUGUGGUUGUUAAUCUUGAUAUCUACAAGGCUUUUGUGGUUAAACUUUACAUGGAUGUUGAUGCUUAUCUUCUCAAGGCAUGAUUUCUUCAAGAUUAAGGUUGAGCAUCUAUCGUUGAUAUAUAAUAUAAUUAUGUUGGUAUUCUUUUUUUCUUAUGUCUCAUUGAUUAUGUGACCAGAAUCACCAAUUUUACAAUCAAACUCUAGUCUAUAGCUUUUUAAUUCCUCCUCUUUGAAUUAAUGAGGGAGAAAAAUAUAGACUUUAAUUUUGUGAGUUUGGUGGUCCGGUCAUAAGUUAUGAUAUUUAAGAGAAAUAAAAUUAAAUAAAAAAUUGCCAAUGUAGAUUACAUAUCUCAAUAUAGAUGUUUUUUGAUUGUGGUGUAGCCCAUGACUCCAUAUAUGUAUUGCUUUACUAAAAUAAAGGAAAUAGUAAUAAUUUGUGUUUGACAAA